AUGAUCCGUUUCUGUGAUGAUUGGGAGUUCGAGUCUGCUGCUAUCACUACCGAGGUGCCUACCUCACUACUCAACAGCCUUCAGGGUAACCCCACCUUCACUGUGCCACCGGGUUUUCAGGCUAUCUCAGCCACUCCGACAACAGGGUUGAACGUCAACGCCCAGAGGUUUGCUCUGGUAACACCGGGCUCGAAUCUGCCAAACUUGGCCCCCACGUCUGGAGGGGGAUCGCUUAACUUCGGGCUAGCAGAGCAAAUGAUGGCUUUACUCAGCUAUGCUAAUAUGCGUCAGACAUUGGGAACUCCGAUGCUGUCUGUCAUCCCCACUGUAGCUACCCCGGUUGGAGCGGCCAACCCGCAGGGCACUGAGGCCCCACCUCCCGCUGCUCAGGAGGCAAACAUGCUGACAAUCAACAAACAGGCUGUGAUGCCUGGGGAAAUGCAAGGGAACGCUGCUGACAGAGAAAUAGCCAGACCAGAGGGGAGCCGUGUUAGGCUCAACAGUGUUGUUAGGAAGGAGAGGGAAGAGAGACCGAAGGAGAAGGAACGGUUGAAAAACCAAGUGUCGCAGCUGAAACACCAAUUCGAGAAUCUGGAAGAAUCGUUGAGGGAGAAAUCCCGGAGGGACGACAAGGAACAGAGAUCAGAGCGGUCGUACAGAGCAGAGAAGUCCCACCGCCCAGAGAAAUCAAGGUACACCGAAAGAGCAGAAGAAAGAGAGCUGGAGUAUUCCUCUGGCAGGCCAGGGCAUAGGGCUCACAAGCGUCACGGCCAUGACGCGCCAAGGGACAGAAGGGAGCAGGGAAGAUACAAGGAGGACAAAAGGGCCAAGACUUCAAGGUUUCAUUCCAUCAGCAACCGUAGUCCUUUCUCUGAUAAUAUUCUGGCAGAUACCCUACCCAGAAGCUACAAACCUAUUUCUCUGGAUUAUGAUGGCACCACGGAUCCAGAGGUCCACCUCAAUCGGUUCGAGGGGUUGGUCACACUGCAUAUGUAUACUGAGGGCAUCAAGUGCCGCAUCUUCUCCACUACUCUCACUGGACCAGCCCAGCUAUGGUUCGGAACGCUCGCUCCCAAUUCUAUUCACUCCUUUGAGGAUUUACAGACUCGCUUCUUACGCCAGUUCGCAAGCUCGCGAAGGGUGGGGAAGUCAGCUCUGUCGUUGAUGGAUAUCAAACAGGACCAAAAUGAAACAUUGAGAGAAUAUACUGCCAGAUUUAACUUAGCCGCUCUGGAGGUGCCAGAGGCGAAAUCUCAAAUUAAGAAUUGUGCCUACGUCAGAGGGCUCAAGUCGGGGCUCUUCUUUGACGAGUUACAGAUCCGACCUGCAAGGGAUUUUGACGACAUUAUGGCAAGGUUGCCAGGCUAUCUACAGUUGGAAGACGCCAAGAUGGCGAGAAAAACGGAAAACGAUAAACAUAAAGCUAAAAGAGCUGAGGAAGCCCCAGAGAGACAGAGACACCAGGAUAGAGCACCAUUCAGAGGAUUACCUCCGAGGGUACUGCCACCCCAAGGAGGAAUGCCGCCCCAGCAGCAACGUACCGUGAACGAAGUUACGCGGUUUACUGAAUACACGCCUUUAAAUAAACCACAGGAGGAAAUCUUUCAUUUGGUAAAGGAUCAACCAUUUUUUCGGGCACCGGGAACCUAUCGGGAUGGGCCGCCACAGGAGGGGCCUAAUAAUAAGCUGGAAGGGCCAGAAAGACAAGCACCUCCUCCCCCGUAUCGGAGGGAAGUUCAUAUGAUUUGUGGAGAGAAUGGGACGCCCACAUCAAAUAGGGCUAAGAAACAAGUGGUCAGAGCAGUGAAGUCAGGAUACUACCACAAGCAAGUUAUGGAGGUUACAAGCGCGGCAGAAGAGCCGAUGAUCACCUUUGGGGCAGAAGAUCUACGUACACUAAUGUACUCGCAUGUUGAUGCGCUGGUUAUUAUGGCGGAUAUUGCCGGCUGUAUCGUUCACCGUGUUUUCGUAGACUCGGGCAGCGCGGUGAAUAUUUUAUAUUGGGAGUGCCUUCAAAACAUGGGAAUCGACGUUCAUAUUGAGCCAACGAAUGCCCCUUUGUUUGGGUUCGGAGGAGAAAUGGUCAUGCCUCUGGGUUAUGUGGAGUUACCGUUAAAUCUCGGCACUACAGCUGCUAAUAGCAAAACUAGGAUGGUACGGUUUUUGGUGGUUGAUAUACCAAAGCCCUCCUACAAUGUGAUACUUGGCCGGCCUGCAUUAAUGGCGUUUAGGGCGCAGGACAGAAAAGGGAAAGAAUGA